AUGAGACAAAACCAGAUAUUCAAUACCACGACAAUAUUUAUUUCCCACCCGUCUAUUCCCAUAUUUUUUUCUAAGCUUCUUUGCAUUUCAUCACUUCCUUUCCUUUUCGCGUUCCGUAAUUUUUCACUUUCUCCACAUUUCAACUAUAUGGUACGUAUUGCCGUCGAAGGAUGCUGUCAUGGCAUGCUCGAUGCGAUCUACAAUCUGGUAGCGCUCGAUACCGAGCUUCUCAUCAUCUGCGGCGAUUUCCAGGCCAUUCGGAACCGGCUGGAUCUCGGCGCACUCAAAGUGCCGCCGAAAUACUUGACGAUGGGCGACUUUCCCAAAUAUUAUCUGGGUGAAAAGUCGGCGCCGGUGCUCACCAUCUUCAUUGGCGGCAACCACGAGAGUCUGCUGUACAUGAGGGAGCUACAGUUUGGGGGAUGGGUUGCUCCCAAGAUCUACUACUUGGGCGAAUACGGGUGUGUGUGGUUCAAGGGGCUCCGAAUUUGCGGAGCAAGCGGCAUUUAUUCGAAGGAUUCGUUUUUGAAGGAAUUGAGCGGAUCGGGGCCGAAAUACUCGCUCCCGUACAGCAGGGAAGCGAUGUCGGGGAUCUAUCACACUAAACCGAAGAACCAGCUCAAACUACUUUUAGGCGGACGAAGUGACGUGGUGCUUUCGCACGACUGGCCCCUGAAAGUGUGGGAUCACGGCAAUACGGGGCAGUUGUUGCGCCAUAAGCCCUUCUUCCGGCAGGACAUGGCUUCCGGCAAAUUGGGAUCACCACUCGCUGGCCAGGCACUCCACUACCUACAGCCGCGGUAUUGGUUCUCGCUGCAUCUCCAUACGAGAUUUCGCGCGGUAGUGAAGCACAAGGAGGGUCCUAAGCGAGUGAAGGUGGACACUAGUAGAGCAUUAGAUGUGAAGAAUACAGAUGAGAUACAGCUUAACAUGGACGACAAUGAGCUUGAGAUUGAUAUGGACGAGGAGAUUGUAGUGGACGAAAAAGAGCUGGCUGCAGCCGAUACAACCGAUGAAAGCCAGGUGCCGACGUAUGAGAACUCAAGUGAAGAAGACGAACCGAAAGCUGCACCGAUUGAGAAGCCGGCAGGCCGCAAUCUCAAGAGAAAUGUGCCGCCUGAGUCUGGUACUCGUGAAACGGUGUUUUUGGCGCUCGACAAGUGUCUUCCUCGGAAACUAUUCUUGGAGCACAUGGAAAUUGAACCGGUAGCUGAACAUGUUUCCAGCCACUCUGGCGACUUAUUCUAUGACCCACGCACGUUGGCCAUUCAUAAGGUUGUGGAGAAAUUUGUAGCCGACGGUCAUUUGAGACAGUUUGGAUACAACGACUUCAUGAACGUGGACCACAUGGAGGGAUUACUUCUGGAACUUAGCGAGAAGGUCGAUCUUGUUGAGAAAGAUUUCCAAUGCGAGCCAAUUCCACAUAACUUCGAGGCGAUUGCACCUCUGGUGUUGUCUGAGAAUGUGCGCCAGCGCCAACAGUAUUGGCCCAAUAAUCAGACAGCAGAGCUAUGUAAGAGGAUCGGGCUAGCAGAGCCUGACUUGAGUGGGUAUUAG